AGUAACCUUGUGUGAAAAUUUCAUUCAAAUCCAAGCAGUCUUUCCAAGUUAUAGGCGGUUCAAAGAUUAGCGGACAGACCGACGGAAACGACGGUUUUUCGUGUUUAAUAUCUUCUAUAACAUCCAAAAAACAUCUUGUUUUCUAAAUUUUUCGUGAUUAGAAUUCCUCACCAUUAUGCGUGGGAAACAAAAGUAGUUUGACCUUGACCAUCAUUUGGAUAGUGAAGGAAAUCAUUGCACUCCCCUUGUAUCUGCUCAAUUUAGUCAAUGUUGUUUGUGUUAGAUAUCGCUGUAGUCGCCUAUGCUGCCAAAUGUUUUAUUUCCACGUAGCUAACGAGGUAUUUUAACCGUUUAUAAUUAUAUUUACGCUGUAACUAACCAGACAAAUGUAGAAAAUCAAUUUCGAUAUCAGUUGGAUCGUUGGUUGGAUCACUAUUCUACGUGGCUUGGGUAAAUCGAAACACGUUUUUUUGUAAAUGUGCAACUAUCUUAACUCGUACUCGUGUAACGUUUGGCAACAUCGCAGAGUUGUACUACUGACACUGACGUAAAAAAAAUAAGAAGUUAACAAACCUAUUGCUCCGCAUUCAUUUUGCUGUGAUAAACCUUGAAUUGUGUCAAUUUCUUGGCGAAUAAUCAUCCAAUUUAUUUAGCUACUUGCUGAAGGUGGCAGAAGACAACGAAGAAGGAAUUCUAAUGUUUGCAAUGAGGUUAAAACUAGCAUCUGAUCGGAAUAAAGAAUGGCGUUGUUGUGGCUGUCUUCAUGUUAGGACAGCCACAAUUAUGUUUGGAAUAUGGCAUCUGGUCCUACAUAUCUUAGCAUUGACAGUCCUUGUCUUAGUUAUGCGUAAUCAUCAUAUCAACAUUAAAAGGCAAGAGUUCCAGCAAAAUGAUUUUCUGCCAACUCCUUUGAGCAAAGUAAAAGAUGAUGAUAAUCCCUACUAUUUGCCUACAACUCAAGAUGGCAGGCCAAUAUAUUCAUCUGAUAUUGAUAUGGGAGCAUUGAUGACAGGCUUUACUCUAUCAAUUACACUAGUUAUGGUUUAUGGCACUAUAAAAGGCAAAGCAACCCACUUGUUGCCAUUUUUCUGUCUGCAGCUGUUUGAUUUUGCAAUAACUACAUUGACAGCAACAGGUUAUUUCUGCUACUUGAGGUCGGCACAUAGACUGAUUGCUGAACACUGGAAUCUGCCGCUGCGACACGAACUUUUGCAGCUUAGUCCCCAUACAUUGACAUUCCUUGUACUGAUGUCAUUCUUAGUAUCCAUUCUAUGGAAGGUAUUUGUCAGCGUUCCAUCCAAAGUCGGUACUUGUUUCUGGAUUUUUUGCAAUUUUGGUGUGGACGGACGAAAUAAAUACAUGGCCUACUGGAUCUGCGUAGUAUGGCGUUGCUACAAAUAUUUAACCCUGCGACAACAAUCUACUCGCAGCACUGUCCAUUACAUCAUUCCAGAAACUGGAGAGGGUACUUCCGGCAGGCGCGGACGUCAUCCGUCUGACCCAGAUUACCUCUUCGAUCAGGAGGCUGCAUUCGGGGGAUUCCCUGGGGCCGUCAAGCAAACCCCGCCGCCUAGUUACAGGGAUGUUGUGGGAGAUAUGCCUCCACCAUAUCCAGCUGAACUAGUCGGCGUCGGGCCUAGUGUUGCUGCAGCUACAAUGGCAGCGGCUGCCGCAGCUUCGUCCUCUGCAACCGUUGAAAGUGAAACAUCCCAAGCCGCCAGAACUGAUACUACCAACUUGGCCCCGGCCGCCUCAAUCGACUCCAUCGAUGCCGCAUCCACCUCUACAAGCUCCCGCUUAGAAACGAACGUCGAAGUGAUCCCCGGCCCAUCUUCCGAGCCAAUCAACGAACAGGCCUCAACACCAGGCGCUUCCCCAUUGGCCGAAAUCGUCUCAAAAGUUAGCACCCCAGAGGCGGUUGUUUCCGUACCGGUAUCACCAGCCGUAGCGCAGAAGUGAAGCAGCGGCAAGUCAAAAUGAGGUUUUACUUGAUUGAUUAUUAGGGGGUGCGGUCUAUCACGGUAUUAUGCCUGUCUUGAAACACAGUGGGAAGGAAAGUAAGAUCGAAUGUCAUUACUAGUUUUCAUAUAACAUAUUUUAACAUAGCCUAAAAAGCUUGUAUAUGUACGAGGGUUGAUGCUUUUGUUCCCCUUGCAAAAAAAACUACAUUUCACUUAUUUUUCUACAUAAUCCCUGCUACACUUGUUCAGUCAGCGGAUGCCACCUGUUGAUUAUUUGAAAAUCUUUUUCGUUGUAAACGUUCUGAUGAAUAAGGUGGGUAAUGUACCAAUUCAAAACCUGGUGCAGAGUUGCAGUGCGGGAGAUAUGGUUGGAAUUGCAAAGUCUAAAUGUUAAUGCGUGAUGUAUGCAGUUUAAUUUCUUCAAAACUCUUUCAAGCUUCGUGAUGAAACUGUAUACUAGUAGCUUUGCUAGUGGUUUCUCGCAAUUUUCUGGCUUAUGUGUGGCAAUGACAGUCCAAGAUGCGCUGUUGCCACUGUGCAUAAUACUGUAAGAUAGAUAGUGCUCCUAUAGGUUCUCUUACAAAUACAACAUAAAGCUGUGUUUUUAGCAGUGUACCUGUUAUUUUCAUUUCCUAUGGUACUGAAUUUAAGGCUUCUUUAAUUUUGUUACCGAACAUUCAAAUGUGGGAAAUUUCUCGACAUAUUUAUUUGAUCUGUAUUUCAUAUAAACUUUUGUUCAGGUAGAUUUUGUUUCUCUUAAUGUUAUCCAAUGGACCUUGAGUCUCCAUCGUAUUCUUACAUUUUCAAUCGUCUAGUAACCAGUUAUACUUGCAAGUUGUGUCUUUGUUAAGAGUGUGAAUUUUAUUUAUCUCUGUUGUGUGAUUCUAUUACAAAUAUUUGUUUGCAAUUUUAUCUUGUUUCUGUACUAAUUUUCAGCUUUAUGGUGCUUAUUGGCAGUAUUUCAUAGUUCAAAAUAUAGUGCCGCCACAUCUGAUUAUCCACUGAAUUAUAUAUAAAAUGAAAAAAAAACAAGAAAUGAAUAUGUAUCAAAAAGUAUUUGAUGUCGACUGACAUCAGGGAUUCCUAUGUUGAAUCUAGAAGCACUGCAAAUGUAUAAAGUUUGUUGAAGUGUUCAAUCAGAUGAUGAAGAGUUCCAAGUAAAAUCACUAUAACUUGCACGACUAUUUGAAGUACAUUUCGAUGUUGAAUACAGCACACAAAGUUGACUUCACUUCUGUUUGAAUAUCCAGUGUUGAGGCUAAUUUAAUUUUUUUCAUUCUCUUACAUAUUCUCUCAAAUUCUUUUGAUUGCGCAAUAACAUCUGUUCAUAAUUUCGCACAAUUUCAGACUAUUCGUCAAAAAUAACAUUGUGAAGAGUAAAACCUGAUUAUUAUUGACACCUUCUACAUGUUGCGCUGCUUGACUUCACAAACUGUUAAUACUUAAAUGUAUAAUUAACCAGUAGUUAUAAUAGUAUGUUGUUCUCUCUUUUCCCAUAAAAAUCUUAAAACUAUAGUUAUAUCAAGUUUAGGAAAUACCAUGUAUGAUCAUAGUAUAGUUGAGAGGUACUUAGUAUUACUAUUUAAAUAGUGAAUGAAAAAUAUAAGUAAGUCCGUCGUACCUGGUGUAUACUGACGGUACUUAUGAAAUGUAUUUUUUAUUUAUUUUCUUACUUGAUGCUUUACUAUUGACGUUUUGUACAGUUUUAAUUCGGUUUCUACCACACUUAAUCUGUGUACACGUUCUAUUGUAUAUGUUUGAAUUUAAAUAAAGUUAUAUAUCUUAAACGUGCUCAAUGUCCAGUACUAUAUACUCGACAGCGUUCAAUAUUUUAGGUAGAAAUGUAUGGUGAUUCUGUCUCUGGUAUCUUGUAUUGGGAAGUGGGAUGGGCCUAUGAGAACAAUAAUGGUUCUGCGGCCAGACGGUCAUAAAACAGAGAGUAAUUUCGAAC